CAACAAGUAGCAGUGACCUAAACGAAAAGGCAUGGAGCAAAAUGGCGAGGGGAAACCAAAGCAGCCUGUUAUAUUUGACGGAAUGGCAUUACCACCUUUUCCUCCAUUGGUAAAAGAUGCAAAGGGGAGGUUUGAAGAAAUAAGAGAUCUACAUUGUAGAAAAGAUGACGUCCUAUUGGUUAUCUAUCCGAAAUCAGGGACACAUUGGGUCUGGGAAAUCGUCUGCAUGUUACUUAAAAAGAAAGCCGAAUACAUGAAGGAAACUAAAGAGUUUUUCUUUCUGGAAGCUAUACCAGACAUGAGUGUAGUCCAUAAUCUCGCAUCACCAAGACCAUUGAACACGCAUGUUCCCUACAGAUGGCUACCGAAGCAACAUAUAGAAAAUGGCGGAAAGAUUGUCCAUGUUCUGAGGAAUCCUAAAGAUGUCGCCGUGUCGAUGUUUCAUCACUUUAACAAUACUAAAGAAUUUGGUGAACCUAUAGACUUCAAGACGUUUUAUGAGAGAGUUUUCAUGGGCCCAGUUCCGCUAUUUGGAGGCUGGUUUUCAUAUGAAAAGGAGUUUGAACAAGCGGAAGCAAAAGACACACGUUCUGCAAUUUUCACAUUGCAUUACGAGAGCUUAAAAAAGAAUCCAAUACAGGAAACCAAAAGGCUAGCCAAAUUUUUAGACGUUGACUUGAGCGACGAGGUUUUAGCUGAAAUCGUCGACAAGUGUAGUUUUAAAAAACUAAAAGAAGCCAAUGACACAAUGAAAGACUUUAUAAAGAUAGUUCCAGGCAAAACUGAAGUAAAUCCUCAGGAAAUUAUGUCAAAAUUGUAUCGGAAGGGAGAGAUUGGGGAUUGGAAGAAUCAUUUUACUGUAGCUUUGAAUGAACAUUUUGAUGCAGUUUUCAAAGAAGAGAUGAAAGACUCUAAAAUUCAAGUACAAUAUGAAUAAAAAAUUCCCUACAUACAGAGGACUUCCAUUAUGAUAGCUUGAAUAUGUCCAGCAGAAGGCAAUGUCAAGCCGUGUUAGAUUGAAAAACUAAGAAUUUCUUUAAAGUCGUUCAAAAUGCCUUAAAACAUAGAAUGAUAUACAAAUCCUUGCAGAUGAAUUGUUUUUACUUUCGAUUUAAUUUGAUUUAAUGCUCCUUUCAAACGUUUUCAUAAGUAGACAGAAAAACUUAAAUCUGAGAGGAGUAACAAGAGGCUUUCUAAGUAUUUGACUGUAGUGGUUCAAAGCUAGAACUGAGGUGCAGUAUUCUUUUGUUUGA